AGAUAGCCAGGUCAGGGGUCAAGAGUGGAACAUCCUCACUGGCCCGGGCCGGCGCGGGAGGGCUGUGAGAUGGCCUCGGAGCCCCCGGAGCCGGAGGUGGAAGAAGCUGGGCAGGUGUUCCUGCUAAUGAAGAAGGAUUAUCGAAUCUCCCGAAAUGUUCGCCUUGCUUGGUUCCUCAAUCAUCUGCAUCAGACUGUGCAGGCCAUACCCCCCGAGAUGCUGCUUCAGUGUGAGCAGGAGCUGGAAGUCCUCAGUGUCCUGCCUCCUGGGUGGCAGCCAGAAGAAUCAGUUGUCCCAAGGCCAUUCCUCAUCGUACCUUCCACGAAGGUCACCUUCCUGGCUUGGCAAUAUCGAUUUGUCAUUGAGCUGGAUCUUAGCCCAUCUACUAGCAUUGUGGAUGAUUCCACUGGGGAGAUCUUGUUUGAUGAAGUUUUUCACGCACUGUCCCGCUGCUUAGGCGGGCUCCUCCGGCCUUUCCGAGUGCCUGGAUCAUGCAUCAACUUCCAGCCUGAGAUCUACGUAACUAUCCAGGCCUACUCCUCAAUCAUUGGCCUGCAGUCCCAUCAGGUGCUGGUACAGGGCUGCCUUUUGCACCCUUCCCAGCGGGAGGUGUUCCUGCAGCAGGUGUAUGAACAGCUCUGCCUCUUCGAAGACAAGGUGGCCACCAUGCUGCAGCAGCAGUAUGAACCCCAGAGCCAGGCAGAGGACCAAUCCCCAGACUCAGGAGAGCCACUGGGCCGGAAGGUGGGAGUCUCCAUGGUGACGGCUGAUCUUGGACUGGUCAGUAUGAUUCGUCAGGGCAUCUUGGCACUGCAGUUACUGCCCUCAAACUCCAGUGCAGGUAUCAUCGUGAUCACAGAUGGCGUGACUAGUGUCCCUGAUGUUGCCGUCUGUGAGACCCUGCUGAAGCCCACUGUGGCUUGUUCCUUUGUGCAGGUGGGAGGAGUUUACUCAUAUGACUGCAGUUUUGGCCACGUGCCCAAUGUGGAAUUGAUGAAGUUUAUAGCAAUGGCAACAUUCGGCUCCUACCUGUCCACUUGUCCUGAGCCCGAACCAGGAAACCUGGGUCUGACUGUCUACCAUCGGGCAUUUCUCCUCUAUUCCUUCCUGCGCAGCGGGGAAGCACUGAACCCUGAAUAUUACUGUGGCUCUCAGCACCGCCUGUUCAAUGAACAUCUGGUCUCUGCAAGCACCAACCCUGCCUUGGCCUUGCGCCGGAAGAAGCACACGGAGAAGGAGGUGCCAGCCGACUUGGUCAGCACCGUGUCUGUGCGGCUUCGGGAGGGCUACAGCGUCCGAGAGGUCACACUGGCCAAAGGAGGGUCCCAGCUGGAGGUGAAACUGGUGCUGCUGUGGAAACACAACAUGCGCAUCGAGUAUGUGGCCGUGGCACCCUGGCCCCUGGAACCUGAGGGCCCUCGAGGAACACGGGUGGAAGUGACAAUGGAAGGCGGCUAUGACAUUUUGCACGAUGUGUCCUGUGCACUGAGGCAGCCCAUUCGUUCGCUGUACCGUACCCACGUUAUCCGACGUUUCUGGAACACGCUGCAGAGCAUUAACCAGACCGACCAGAUGCUAGCCCACCUUCAGUCCUUCUCCUCGGUGCCGGAGCAUUUCACACUUCCUGACAGCACCAAGAGCGGAGUGCCACUCUUCUACAUCCCUCCCGGCUCCACCACCCCGGUGCUCUCCCUUCAGCACAGUGGUUCUGACUCCUCCCAUGCCCAGUUUGCUGCCUACUGGAAGCCAGUGCUGUCCAUGGAUGCUAACUCAUGGCAGCGCUGGCUGCACAUGCAUCGCCUGGUGCUGAUCCUGGAACACGACACGCCAGUCCCCAAGCACUUACACACCCCGGGAAGCAAUGGACGCUACAGCACUAUCCAGUGCAGGAUCUCACACUCCUCGCUGACCUCCCUGCUUCGGGACUGGAGCAGCUUCGUGCUGGUUGAGGGCUACUCUUAUGUCAAGUUGCUCUCCAGUGCCCCAGACCAGCCCCCUUCCUCCUUCUACAUGGUCCGCAUCAUUUCCAAAGCCCCAUGCAUGGUUCUCCGCUUGGGUUUUCCUAUUGGCACACCAGCGCAGGCCCGGCACAAGAUUGUGUCGGGCUUGCGGGAAGAGAUCUUGCGCCUACGUUUUCCUCACCGGGUGCAAAGCAAGGAACCCACACCAAAGGUGAAACGGAAAGGGCUUGGAGGCGCUGGUGGGGGCAGCUCUCCCUCCAAGUCUCCCCCCAUGCUGGGGCCACAACAGGCCUUGUCUGACCGGCCCUGCCUUGUGGUUCUGCAUAAGCCACUGGACAAACUACUCAUCAGGUAUGAGAAGCUACCCCUGGACUACCGGGCACCUUUCCUGCUGACACUGGAACCACCAGGGCCCCUGCCCUUGGUGUCAGGCCGCUCAGCCUCUUCUAGCUUGGCGUCACUGUCCCGCUACCUCUACCAUCAGCGCUGGCUCUGGAGUGUCCCAUCAGGACUGGCCCCCGCACUGCCUCUCAGCGCCAUCGCUCAGCUUCUCUCCAUCCUCACUGAAGUCCGACUCUCUGAAGGGUUCCACUUCGCCUGCAGUGGAGAAGGAAUCAUCAACAUGGUCCUGGAGCUUCCUGUUCAGAAUGAGCCACCAGGGCAGGCUACAGCUGAAGAGAAGCACACAUGUGUUGUCCAGUACAUUCUCUUCCCCCCACACUCCACCUCCACCAAAGACAGCUUCUCAACAGACGAUGACAACGAUGUGGAGGUUGAGGCCCUGGAUGGAGACUCGGAGCUCAAUCUGGUCACCGAGGUGUGGGUGGAGCCACAGUAUGGGCGAGUAGGACCUGGUCCUGAAAGUUGGAAGCACCUCCAGGAUUUGACGUACUCUGAGAUCCCUCAAGCUCUCCACCCACGGGAUGCUGCCUGCAUUGGCUCCAUGUUGAGCUUUGAGUACCUGAUACAGCUGUGCCAGAGCAAGGAGUGGGGUCCUCUGCCCCCAGAGCCAAGGGUCUCUGAUGGCUUGGACCAGGGAGGAGAUAGCUGUGUCCAUGAGAUCCCUUUCCACUUUGACCUAAUGGGAUUGCUGCCACAGUGCCAGCAGCUCCAGAUGUUCUUGCUUCUGCUUUCCAGAGAGCCAGAGGGUGUCCCUCUCGCCGAGGGGCCCUGUCCCGCCAACGACCUGGUGCUGUGCCUGCUGCACAGCUGCCUGGGGCAGGAACUGAGUGACCGGGAGAUCCCGCUGACCCCCGCUGACCAGGCUGCCUUCUUGAGCGAGGUGCUGCGGCGGACCUGCCGGGGUCCAGGUGCAGAGGGGCCACUGUCAGGGAGCCAUGGGACCCUGAGGGAUCAAGCAGUUGGCAACGCCCAGGCCACUGGAGACUCAGCUCUUAUUACUGGGAGCUUAGGUCUUCCUGGAACCCUGCAGCCUCUCAUCUCUGCCCAGACCCCUCAGUGGCGCUGCUAUGCAAGGCUUGUGACCCCCCAGCAUGUGUUCUUGACUUUUCUCCCAGCUACCUUCUCAGACGUCCAGCGUCUGGCCGCCUAUGGCCUGGAAGGACCCUCUCAGGAGGAGACAAAGCCUAAGUCUGGAGAUUGGAGUGGGGGCUCCAGCUUGAAAGAUCUAGGAGGAAGUGGGGUCAAGGCUACGAAGCCCCAAGUCCCCAUCCUCAGUGUAACUCCAGCUGGUGACAACGUCCAGAGUCAAGGAGAGCUGAGCCCACCCUUCCGUCGGGACUUACAGGCUUAUGCUGGGCGUCAGGCUCCCCCGACAGAGGGGACAGACGGACCCCGAACCCGGUGUCCUGUCUACAUCCAUAGCUGUUCUCUAGAAGCAUUGAAGGAGCAAAUGAUUGGCCUGCAACCCCCCCAGGUGCCCCGAGACCUCAUCUUCAGGACUCCGUUCCUCGACCUCCCCUCUUCAUCCUCAGCCUGGAUGGAGCCCAGGUACAAGGAGGCGGCCAACCACUGUGCCUUGCUGCAGGAGCACGCACAGCGAUGCUACGUCCGUGGGCUGUUCCGGACCUUGCAGCAAGCGCAGAGUGUGCCCUCCCAGGACUUGCUGACAGCAGUGGAUGCUUGUGAGGAACUCCUACAAGAAGUAGACAUCACCCCAUUUCUGCUUGCACUGUGUGGCCACACUUGGAGUUUGCCUCAUGCACCUCCAAGUCCUGGUCCCCUCAGCCCUGGGCCUUUCAGCAGCAGCAUCGAGGAGGGCCCCGAGCCUCGGGAACGUGCUGUCCUAGCUUCUGAGUCCAGCAUAGAGACCGAGGACCUCAGCGAGCCCGAGUUCCAGAGCACCCGGGUCCCUGGCAGUGCAGACCCUGGCCUGGAGAUCUCUCUGACAGACGUCUGCCAGCUCAGAGGAGAGGCACAUGAUGCCCUUCAGACCCUCAUCCAGGAGAAGUUCCUGGAGAUCAGUCGUCUCCACUUCCGCACAGUACCCUCCAACCCCCACUACUUUUUUUAUUGUCCUCCAUCCAGCAGGCGAGAAGAUGAGGGUCUGCGGGACACAGUAGACAGAAAAGUCAGUGACCUGGAGUUCUCAGAGGCUGAGUUCAUGGGAGAAGAAGGAGACACAUCCGCCUGCUGUGUGGUCACUGAGAGUGACCCAGAACUGGAGGUGGAAUACCGUGAGAGCCGUGAGCCAGACCUGGGGCCAGCUGGACUCGACUCUGCGUCGCUGUCAGAUGCAGACACUGUGAACCCUGAUGAAGACUCCUUCAGUAUCUUGGGAGGCGACUCGCCCACUGGGCCCGAGAUGCAUGACCUGCCACCACUCUUCCUGCACCUCACAUGCUCUGUGCGACUGCGAGGGCAGCAUAACUCAGUACCUGUGUGCAGCCUGCCCACCUGCCUAGGCCAGGUGCUUUCCAGUCUGGAGGGUUCCCCUGUUGGAGGCCGAGUUCUCCUGAGGGACCUCAGUGUCACCCUGGACGUCUUUGUACUGACCUUGCCCCUGGAAGUGGAGCUCCCCCCUGCCUCGGACCCUCAGCACCACCGGUCAACAUCCGAGAGCAGUGCUUCAUUCCCGCGAUCCCCAGGGCAGCCGUCAUCUUUACGGUCAGACGAUGGCCUAGGACCCCCACUGCCACCCCCAGAAGAAGAGAGGCACCCAGGACUAUCCAAUUUGGCCAUGCCCCACAGACUGGCUAUCGAGACCACCAUGAGUGAGAUCCGCUGGUUGUUGGAAGAUGAGAUGGUGGGCGCACUCCGAAGAGGGGGCAUCCCCCAGAGCCCUGCCCUGCACCGUGCAGCCGCCCACAUCCAUAGCUCUCCUGGACGCUCCACCUGCCUUCGACAGACUCUGCCGCUGAGCUUCGUGUUUGGGCCAGAGCGUUCCCUCACACAGUUCAAAGAGGAGUUCCGCCGCCUCCACCUCCCUGGCCACGUUCUUCUUGAGGACCCUGAUAGUGGCUUCUUCUUUGUGGCAGCUGGCCAGCAGCCAGGUGGGUCCCAGGGGGAGCCUCGUUCAGCAGCCUGGGCUUGGCACAGCCAUGAGGACAAGGCUGAAGGCAUCGAAGGGGAGGCCCUAACAGCCAGUCCCCAAGCCCCAGGCUCACCAGAGGAUUCUGAAGGCACCCCCCUCAUCAGCCUGCCCAGUCUGCCACAGGGAGGGAGUCAGCCUGGGCCCAGCCGGGGACUGAGCCUCAUGUCCAGUCAGGGCAGUGUGGAUUCAGACCACCUGGGUUAUGAUGGUGGCAGCAGUGGCUCAGAUAGUGAGGGUCCCGAUGAGACCCUCAGUGAGAAGGCCCCCUUCACUUUGCGGACUCCACCUGGGCUGGCACCUCCACCACCUUCCCUCUCCAGCCUCCCUGGGCCCUGCCUGCCUGACUUCUGGCUCAUCAUCCGGGUACUACAAGAUCGUGUAGAAGUGUAUGCACAUGCACGGAGUCUGAUUCGGGAGGAUGGGGGGCCAGGUACUGAGUGUCGCCACCUGCAGCAACUCCUGGUGAGGCGAGUUGGGGAGAUCUGCAGAGAAGUCAACCAGCGACUGCUGCUUCAGGACCUCCAUGACAGUCACGUGUGCAACUCCCUUCUGGUGGCCGAGAGUGAAGAAGACUUGUGGCGUAGCGAAACCCCCUUCCACUCCCGUCAGCGGGCACCACUACUCAGUGAUGAUUACGCUGCUGAUGAGAGCUGUGCACCCCGAGGGUACCUCGCAGCUACAAUGCAGUUUGUCCCUGGUCACUUCUCCUGUGACGUUGUUUGGGGAACUGUGAUCCGAGUCCAUUCACGUCUCAAGAUGGGGCCCAGCAUGGGGGUCUCUCGGGCCAUCCAGGCCCUGCGCUCUGUGCUCAAUGCCUUCUCCGUGGUGAACCGCAAGAAUAUGUUUGUUUAUCAGGAGCGAGCAACAAAGGCUGUGUACUAUCUCCGGCUCCUGGAGACGUCCUGCAGUGACCGGCCAUGGGAAGGGGAUGCUCUGCCUCCAUCCCUAGCUCUGUCCCGAAGCCAGGAGCCCAUCUGCUCUGAGGAAGCCUCGGGUCCUCGUUCUCCUCUGGACAUGGCUUCCAGCCGCAGUUCAGAUUCUGCGCGUCCUGUGGGCCAGGUGGACAGGCAUAUCCAGCUGCUGGUACAUGGUGUAGGCCAGGCAGGUCCUGAGAUCACAGAUGAACUUGUGCGGGUUCUGCGUCGGCGCCUGGAUGAGGCCACGCUGGAUGUCAUCACGGUCAUGCUUGUUCGGAACUGCAAGCUGACACCAGCCGAUGUGGAGUUCAUCCAGCCCCCUGGAAGUCUGCCCUCAGAGGUGCUGCAUCUGGCCCUGCCCUCCUCCUGUAGGCCCUGGCUUCCUGCCCUGGCCUGGUACCUGCGGCAGAACCUGCUUACCUUCUUGCACUCUCCCAAGUAUACAGACAGCAACAGCCGGAACCACUUCCAGCAUCCACUCCCCCCUCAGGGUGGCCUCCCUGACUUGGACAUCUACUUAUACAACAAGCCUGGUGGACAGGGCACUGGGGGCAAAGGCGUUGCCUGCAUCACUCUGGCCUUUGUGGAUGAAGGAGGGGCCCCCCUUUCACUGACCUCGUGGCCCCCAUCUUCUCCGGGGCCCCCAGACUUACUACAAGAGGAAGAAUUUGAGCAACUGACCCAGGUCAUUCGCUUCACAGUCAUGCCAGACAGUUCUUCAGCUCAGAAUGGGGCACCACGGCUUCGACUGGAUGUGUGGGAAAAGGGGAACAUCAGCAUCAUACAGCUGGAGGAGAAGCUCCGAGGAGCAGCUCGCCAGGCUCUGGCUGAUGCUGUCAUGGAGCUGCGGCUGCUGCCGGCUUCCCUGUGUACAGAGGAUGCACCCUCAGGAAGUCUCAGGAGCGGGUCUUUGGAAACCAAGGGCCCUGUGGGCCAAGCUAGCACCUUUGCCGCUGCCCCUGUCCCUGGGGAACCUGCGACUCCACCCAGCAAAGCUGGUCGGCGUAGCUUCUGGGAUAUGCUGAGUAAAACAGAAUGUGGGGAUUUGGGUUCCCCCAAAACCACUGAUGACAUUGUCCUGGAUCGGCCAGAAGACAACAGAGGGCGGAGGCGUCACAAAACUGAGAGUGUCCGGACUCCUGGUGGAACCGAGCGGGCACCAGGCCCAGAUUCUGAAACCCAGAAACUAAGACGCCGGACAACACAGCUAGAAGAAGGUGAGGUGGGUACCCUGCACCCUGUGUUUGCUCAUACAACUCAGCGCUGGAUGGAGUUCAUGGGUCAGAUCGGUUGUGCCUCAGUGUCCAGAAGCUCCACCCACAUGGUGUCCCGGUUCCUCCUUCCGUCCGUCCUCUCUGAGUUCACCACUCUGGUCACCUCAAUGGCCGGAGACACCAGUGUCCGUGUCUUCGAGCAGCAUUUGGGUUCAGAGUCCUUCAGUCCCUGCUCCCUUGGGCAGCUGGGUCCAGCUCCCCGCCCAGCAGCUGAGCGGCAUCUGCUGCUUCUGGGAAGGAACUUCUUGCAGUGGAGGAGACCAACCCAGCAAGCUGCCAAAGCCGUGCAGCGCUUUGAGCCUGGAGGUGACGGGAGCUCGGGGCGAAGUGCUCCUCGGCAGAGGCUCUUGCUACUGGAGGUUGUGGACAAGAAGCUACAGCUACUGACCUACAACUGGGCCCCAGACCUGGGGGCGGCACUGGGCCGAGCACUGGUUCGCCUCGUGCAGUGGCAGAACGCGCGGGCCCAUCUCAUCUUCUGCCUGCUCAGCCAGAAGCUCGGGCUCUUCCAUCAUUACGGCCAGCUGGACUUCCCCGUGCAAGAUGAGAAGGAGCCAAACCCAUUCCUGAUACCCACCAUGGAAGUAGAGACCCUCAUCCGGAGUGCAAGCCCCCCACUGAGCCGUGAGCAGGGCCGGCUGAGUGGGUCCUCUCGUGGCGGGGGUCCCCUUCCUCUGGAUACCUUCCCCUUCGAUGAGGCCCUGAGGGACAUCACAGCUUCCCGACCUAGCUCCACACUUGGUCCUGUGCCCAGACCCCCAGAUCCCGUCACCUACCACGGACAGCAGUUUCUGGAAAUCAAGAUGACAGAGCGCAGAGAGCUGGAGCGUCAGAUGAAGAUGGAGAACCUGUUCGUAACCUGGCAGCAGCGUUCCGCCCCAGCCAGCAUGCCCAUCAGUGCUUUGGAACUGGAGACCCUGAAACAGUCAUCCCGCCUGGUGCAUUACUGUGCCACCGCCUUGCUCUUCGACCCAGCUGCCUGGCUGCAUGGGCCUCCCGAGACCUCUGGGCCUUGUGAGGGACAGCGGCGCCAUCGCCCUGAGUCAGGGCCUGGGAGCCGAGAGGCCCCUGCAAGCUGCGACUCCUUGGAAAUGCCUCCACCGGGAGCCCGUGAGGAGCCAUGGCUGAAGGAGCUGAGCCUGGCUUUCCUGCAGCAAUACGUGCAGUAUCUGCAGAGCAUAGGCUUCGUGCUGGUGCCGCUGCGGCCCCCCUCGCCUGCUCGCAGCACCAGCCGACUGCGGGCUAUGGCUAUCCUGGGAACAGAAGGUCGAGGCUCCUUCUCCUGCCCUAAAACCAAGACUGACGGGAGCCCCAAGAGCAGUGGCUCUGCGGUCACCACCUAUCACCUGCAGCGGGCACUGCCCGGGGGCAUCAUCCUCAUGGAGCUGACUUUCCAGGGCUGUUACUUCUGUGUCAAACAGUUUGCCUUGGAAUGUUCCCGAAUCCCAAUGGGGCAGGCUGUCAACUCUCAGCUGUCCAUGCUGUUCACGGAGGAGUGUGACAAGGUGCGGGACCUGAUGCAUGUGCACUCAUUCAGCUACGACUUCCACCUGCGCCUCGUGCACCAGCACGUGCUGGGGGCCCAGCUGGUGCUGCGGCACGGCUACCACCUCACCACCUUCCUGCGGCACUUCCUGGCUCACCACCCUGAUGGACCCCACUUUGGCCGCAAUCACAUUUACCAAGGGACCUUGGAGCUCCCCACACCACUUAUUGCUGCCCACCAGCUGUACAACUACGUGGCUGACCACGCCAGCUCAUACCACAUGAAGCCACUGCGGAUGGCCCGGCCAGGGGGCCCAGAACACAAUGAAUAUGCCCUGGUCUCCGCGUGGCACAGCUCUGGCUCCUACCUGGACUCCGAGGGACUUCGCCACCAGGAUGACUUUGACGUGUCUCUGCUUGUCUGUCACUGUGCCGCACCCUUUGAGGAGCAAGGAGAGGCCGAGCGGCACAUCCUGCGGCUGCAGUUCUUCGUGGUGCUCACCAGCCAACGCGAGCUCUUCCCCAGACUUACUGCUGACAUGCGCCGGUUCCGGAAGCCACCCAGACUACCUCCUGAGCCAGAGGCUCCUGGGGGCUUACCUGGUAGCCCCGGGGAGGCCUCGGGGCUUGUCCUAGCCCCUGGCCCAGCUCCUCUGUUCCCACCGCUGGCUGCAGAGGUAGGCAUGGCCCGGGCACGGCUGCCUCAGCUGGUGCGGCUGGCUGGAGGGCACUGCCGUCGAGAUACCCUCUGGAAGCGCCUCUUCUUGCUGGAACCACCGGGACCAGACCGACUGCGGCUUGGAGGGCGCCUGGCCCUGGCAGAGCUGGAGGAGCUCCUAGAAGCAGUUCAUGCUAAAUCUAUUGGGGACAUUGACCCCCAGCUGGACUGCUUUCUGUCCAUGACGGUGUCCUGGUACCAGAGCCUGAUCAAGGUCCUCUUAAGCCGCUUUCCCCAGAGCUGUCGCCAUUUCCAGAGCCCAGACUUGGGAACUCAGUACCUGGUCGUGCUGAAUCAGAAGUUCACCGACUGUUUUGUGCUGGUAUUUCUGGACUCCCACUUGGGAAAGACGUCUCUGACGGUGGUUUUCCGGGAGCCCUUCCCAGUGCAGCCCCAGGACAGUGAGAGUCCCCCUGCCCAGCUGGUCUCCACCUACCACCACCUGGAGUCUGUCAUCAACACAGCCUGUUUCACCCUCUGGACCCGCCUCCUCUGAGGGACUAGACCACUGGUGUGCCAUAGCUCUCACAGCGUGGACCUCUGCGUGCCCAGGGCAUGCCUGGACAGAGUGGCACCCAAGCUUCUGUGACUGUCUUGGGUCUGUUGCCCCAGGACUGCAGAGGGUCAGGUUAGCUCCCAAUCUCAGGAGCCAGAGCCCUUCCAGAAGGGGCUCCUUCCUUCCCGCCUGCUGGAGAGUGGGGUCCUUCACACCGAGCGGCAAGCACUCGCCCUGAGAGCUCCUCGCCCGCCUGAGCCUGCCUCCAGCCGUAGGUCCCUGUCAGCCACUGCCCCCUGGAGCCCUCUGGUCUCCACUUCCCACGUCACAUCCCUGCAGGACGUUGCCACUGCAUUGACACCCUGGCUCCAAUCCUAGCUCGGUCCCUGAGGCACCUGUGACCACUGCCAAGUCCCUUUGUUCUUGAACCCUCGGUUUCUCAUCUAAGUGAGGAGGUGGGCUCAGAAGCUCUUCCACCUCCACGGCAACCCCGGCAUCCACUGGAGGCUUCCGCAUGAGCCACGUCCCUUCCAGCUAGGAAGGAAGCAGCCAGAGAAGCGAAGUGUUAGACACUGUGUGUCCCCCGCCCCGUAACACACAUGAAAACGUGCA